GAGAACCUCCCAGACCACCUGAGAACCACCUGAGAACCACCUGAGAACCUCCUGAGAACCUCCUGGACCACCUGAGAACCUUCUGGACCACCUGAGAACCUCCUGGACCACCUGAGGACCACCUGAGAACCUUCUGGACCACCUGAGAACCUCCCAGACCACCUGAGAACCACCUGAGAACCUCCUGGACCUCCUGAGGACCUCCUGAACCACCUGAGGACCACCUGAGAACCUCCUGAGAACCACCUGAGAACCACCUGAGAACCUCCUGGACCACCUGGACCACCUGAGAACCUCCUGGACCACCUGAGAACCUCCUGAGGGCCACCUGUGGACCUCCUGGACCACCUGAACCGCCUGAGAACCAUCUGAGAACCUCCUGGACCACCUGGUGACCACCUGAGGACCACCUGAGAACCUUCUGGACCACCUGAGAACCUCCCGAACCACCUGAGGACCUCCAGAACCACCUGGUGACCACCUGAGGACCACCUGAGAACCUCCUGGACCACCUGAACCACCUGGUGACCACCUGAGGGCCACCCGAGGACCUCCCGACCCACCCGAGGACCUCCCGAACCACCCCCACCAUGUCCUCCACCCUGGUCCUCACCGUCUACAUCCUCACCUUCACCAUCGGCUUCCCGGCCAACAUCUUCACCUUGACCGUCCUGGCCACCAAAUGCGGCCGCUCCAACCCGUCCUUGACCUCCUGCGACCUCCUGCUCCUCAACCUGACCUUCUCCGACCUCCUCCUGCUGCUCUUCCUCCCUCUCAAGAUGGCCGAGGCGGCGGCUGGAAUGGUCUGGCCGCUGCCGGACCUUUGGUGUCCGCUGGUGAAUUUCUGUUUCUACUCCAGCAUGUAUCUCAGCGGGCUUUUCCUGGCGGCCCUGAGCGUCAGGAGAUACCUGGGCGUGGUUUUCCCCCUCAGGUUCCGGGAUCGCAGGAGACCCGGCCGGGUCCUGGCGGUCAGCGCCGUCAUCUGGUUGGUGGCCUGCGGUCAUUGCUCCGUGGUGUUCGUGGCCGAGUUGGGUGGGAAGGGUGACACCGGUGACGUCGGUGGCAUCGGUGACCCCAGGGUUGACCCCAAGGUUGACCCCAAGGUUGACCCCAUUGACCCCAAGGUUGACCUUGACCCCAAGGUUGACCCCAUUGACCCCAAGGUUGACCCUGUUGACCCCAAGACCUUCAACCCUCUUGACCCCAAGGUUGACCCCGUUGACCCCAAGGUUGACCCCAUUGACCUCAUUGACCCCAAGGUUGACCCCAUUGACCCCAAGGUUGACCUCAUUGACCCCAUUGACCUCAAAGUUGACCCCAAGACCUUCAACCUCAAAUUCUUCAACCUCAAAGACCCCAAACCCAACCCCAAUGACCCCAAUGACCCCAAACCCAACCCCAAUGACCCCAACUCC